AUGGAGAUUCUCAAAGCUAACACCCGAAAUGUUUUAAAAGACCAUUCACUUAACUAUGAAAUAAAAGAAUACUCUUUGAAUUAUUACACUGUAGACGGGCACAAAUUUAAAUUAUUCACGUUUAUUUUGCAGGUAAAAAUUGAAAUUCGAGAAUAUACUUGGAAAAUUAAUAAAAGCUACAGUGAUUUUUUAAGGAUGUCUAAAAGCCUUGAAACUGAGCACGGGGUUAAAAAAUUAGAAAUCACAACCCCACUGCUGAAGCCUCGAAAGUUCAAUAAAUUGCGAAACUUGGAUCAACUAGAAAUCUGCUAUAGUUUUUUAAAGCAAAUCAUCUCUGAUCAGAAUUAUAAAGACAGCAGAAGUGCUACAGAAUUUCUUGAAGUUUCGCUUAAGUCUUUCUCUUCUGAUGAAAAAUGCAAAGAAGGAUAUGUCUUGAAGAUGGGGAGUGGGAGGGUAAGCAACCAGCACAAAUUCUUUACUUGCUAUAAUUCUGGAACAAGGGUGACAAAAAGAUGAUUUCGGGUAUGCGAGUUAGGGGUUGAGACUUAUAAUGAUAAUUUCGAACAAGGUAUAGCUGAUGCUAUUUAUUUUAGUAGCGAUUUCCAGGUGAGGGUAGGGAAAAAAGAAACUGGCUAUGAUGACGCUGUAAGAAUUUCGACACCUCAGCACAAUAUUGUGUUCAGAACUGGAAAUAUGCAAAAACGCGAUGAGUGAGCAGAAGCAAUUAAUAAUGGCUAUGACAGUUCAGAAUAUAAAAAUGCAAAAAUGAGGUAUGAUUCUUCGUUUUUAGUGAGAAAUUAUAUACAGGCUAAAUGAUAUAUUGAUGGGGCUGAGUAUUUUAGCGAUAUCUGCAAUGCGAUAGACCAAGCACAGGAGUCUGUUUUUAUUACUGAUUGGUGGAUGAGCCCUGAUGUAUUUUUAAAACGGCCUGCAGAUCUAAACCCUGAGUCAAAGCUUGUUGAUGUUCUGGGGGCUGCAGCUGAUCGAGGUGUAAUAGUAUACGUUCAUUUAUACAAAGAAAUAUCUUUCUCGCUUACAUUGAACUCUCUUUACACAAAAAACUCUUUAUCUGACAGAUCUCCAAAUAUCAAAGUUAUGAGACACCCCAAUGUCUCCCUAAAAGGUGGGACUUUUUUAUGGUCUCACCAUGAAAAACUUGUGUGCAUUGACUCUAAUAUAGCAUUUAUGGGAGGAUUAGAUCUCUGCCAUGGAAGAUGGGAUACAGGAGUCCAUAGUUUAACUGAUUUAGGAGAGCAUCAGUACUGGAAUGGGAUUGAAUACUCAAAUGUAAGAAUAGAAGAUUUCACAAAAGUAGAAGACUGGGAAAGAGACACAAUUGAUAGGGAAACCACUCCUAGGAUGCCCUGACAUGAUAUUGCGAUUUGUGUGACUGGAAUGGUUGUAGAUGAUAUUACCAGACAUUUUAGAGAACUGUGGAACCAUUCUGUAAAAGAUGUCACAGGGUCGAGAGAAAGUGGAGAAAUAAUGACCUUCGUAGAAGAUAAUAAAGCUACUGCAAAAGUUUCUCCAAAAAUAGAAACCAUUUUAAGUAAAAAUACAUUUGAGACACAGCCAGAGCAAGAAGAGUCGAAAGAUAAAAAUAAAUUCUCAAAGCUAUUUUCAGGGCUGAUUUCUAAAGCAAUAAAAAAUGAUGGAGAAGAUGAAGAAAGCGCCUCAAGUGCCAAUGAAAUGCACCAUAGAUUUUUAGAGCGAGCAAGCAUGGAACCUGAAAAAGAUGUUGAAAAAAUUGAAGAAAAUAAAGAAGAAGAUGAAGAAAACAAAGAAAAUGGGGAAAAUAAAGAGGGAUCAAGUAAAAGUUACCUCACACUUUUUUCAGAAUUAAUUAAGAGAAAUUUAAAUCCACACCCAAAUGCAAAGCGCUUAAGUGAAGUGAGUUUAGAAGAAGAGAAAGAUGAAAUAAAAAAGCGAGAGGAAGAUGAAGAAAGAAAAAAAGCAGAAGAAAAUAAUUAUAAAGGAGAUUUGGCAAAAACUAUUUUUUCAAGCUUGCUGAUUUCACCUAAAAAGCCACCUACAAAAGAAGUAUAUGAAUUUGGGACUUGCAGAUGCCAAUUAACAAGGAGUGGAGGACUAUGGUCUUUGGGAAUAAAACCUACUGAAGUCUCAAUUCACUCAGCAUAUAUGCAUCUUAUCAAUUCUGCAGAAAAUUUUAUUUAUAUUGAAAAUCAAUUUUUUAUCUCAAGUCCAGCUGGUGACACUGUUUUAAAUCUUAUCGGUGAAGCAUUAAUAUCUAGAAUCCUAAACGCAAUCAAGAAAGGGACACCUUUUAAAGUGAUAGUAGUAAUUCCACUAUUGCCUGCAUUUGAAGGAUCUGUUGAUGACCCAGCUGCAUCAGUUUUAAGAGUCCAGCUAUAUUGAGAAUACCAAACAAUAUGCAGAGGAGCCAAUAGCAUCUACACACAGCUUAAAGAAAAAGUGCCGAACCCAGAAGACUACAUAAGUUUUUAUUCCUUGAGAACUCAUGCUGUUCUAAAUGAUUGGCCAGUCACAGAAAUGAUCUACAUCCAUUCAAAGCUAAUGAUUGUAGACGACCAACAUAUGAUUGUAGGAAGUGCAAAUCUAAAUGACAGAAGCCUAAAUGGGAAUCGAGACUCAGAAAUUGCCAUGGUUAUAACUGACAAUAAAAAAGUUAGCAGCAGAAUGGCAGGAGAAAAUGUAGAAGUUAGUGAGUUUUGCCAUAGCUUGAGAAUGAAUAUUUUUAAAGAGCAUUCUGGAUGUGAUGAUUUUGAAAUUCUAAAAGAUCCGUUUACAGAAGAGUUUGAAGAAAUAUGGAAAAAUAAUGCGAAAAAAAAUACUGAAUGGUAUAGAAGAGUAUUUAGAUGCUAUCCUGAUGAUAAUAUUAGCAAAAUAAAAGAUGUGGAAGAGUUUGCGAAAGAAAGUGAUUUUGAUUCUUAUCCGCAGUUGGCAGAAGAGGUUAGUGGCCACUUAGUUGAAUUCCCACUUAACUUUUUAUCAGAGGAGUAUUUGAAAAUUAAAGUUGCAAAUAAAGAAUAUUUACUACCUGAAAAGGCUUUUCUUUAG